CUUAAGAGAGAUGCCACAGUUCAGAAUCUUCUUAUAGCAGAUAAUGAUACAAAACAAAACAAAACAAAAAUCCCUCCCCCACCACUUCCUGGCUUCCGUCUAUAUUUUAAGUUAGAAGAGAGGGAGCAGAGCAGAGCAGAGAGAUUCUCAUCCUUAGGGGAGGAGAGAUGAAGGAAAGAAUGGUGGAGAAAGGCCAGUGCCGUACCUUGUUGAGAGGAGGGAGGAAGAAAAUGACUUCUUCUUCUUCCUACAGCCAUGGUCUCAGCUCUGGUCAGAUCCAAUCCCUUUCAGCCCUCUGCGAAGCCUUUAUCCCUCCAUUGCCACCUCCUGAUCAGAAGAAUAUCAUCAACCAGGAAAUCCCAGUUGAAAGGCAGCAGGAAGCACUAGCUUCCUUCUAUGGUGCUUCUGGGUCUCAAUCACCUAUCCCUGAUGAGGUUGCAGAGCUAAUUGUCAGAAGAGGAUUGCCAGAAGCAGUGUUGGUAGUGAAACUGGUACUCAAAUUACUGUCUUCCAGGUUGGGAACACUGUUGCUCUGUGGGUUUUGCAGCCUGGACUGGAAAUGGCCAUUCAUGCUCAGCUUCUCUGAAAUUCCCCUGGAGAGGAGAGAGCAGAUUCUUCAGAAAUGGAGAGGAGAAAAGCGGAAGAUGCUUACACCUCUCAGAGUUGUGUUUGCCGUCAUCAAAAUCUUCUCCUUGUUUGUCUUCUUCACCAGGAUUGAUGAUGAAACUCAGAAGAACCAAGCCUGGGAAGCAAUUGGGUAUCAAGCGGACACCAGGAAAACAACCCAUAUCAAACAGAAAGGAGGGGAGAGACCUCUGGAGAAAGGAAUUGUGGAGACGAUCCACGAAACCGACGACACCACUUUUGUGCAAUCUCUCAUCCAAAAGGGGCUCGAGGUCACCGAAGAUGAAAACCACAACACCGUCAAGAUCAAAUGCGACGCCGUAAUCGUCGGCUCCGGUUGCGGGGGCGGAGUCGCCGCCGCAGUCCUCGCAAGCUCCGGAAUGAAAGUCGUCGUCCUAGAGAAAGGAAACUACUUCGCCGCAGAGGAUUACUCCUCGCUCGAAGGACCCUCACUGGCGGAGCUAUACGAGAGCGGAGGAAUUCUGUCCACCACCAACGGCAAGACGAUGAUCUUCGCCGGAUCCACCGUCGGCGGCGGCUCCGCCGUCAACUGGUCAGCCUGCAUCAAGACCCCCGACAAUGUACUCAGAGAAUGGUCGGUGGACGACAAGCUUCCCCUCUUCGGAAGCUCGGAUUACCAGAACGCCAUGGACGCAGUGUGGAAGAGGCUCGGCGUUACGGACGGCUGCAAGAAGGAAGGGUUUCAGAACAAAAUCCUCAGAAAAGGAUGCGCAAAUCUCGGGCUGGAAGUCGAGCCUGUGUCGAGAAACUCCUCUGAGGAUCACUACUGUGGAUCCUGCUGCUAUGGCUGCCGAAUCGGGGACAAGAAAGGAACGGACACCACCUGGCUCGUCGACGCUGUGGAGAACAGCGGCGCUGUGAUCAUCACAGGAUGCAAAGCCGAGCGAUUCGUCUUCUCCAGCGACGGCGGAGGGGAGAAGAAGAAGAGAUGCUUGGGAGUGAUUGCGAGAUGUUCGAAUCCGAAUUUGAAGAAGAAGAAGCUGGAGAUCGAAGCUCGAGUGACGGUUUCGGCAGCUGGAUCGCUCCUCACGCCGCCUCUGAUGAUCGCCAGCGGAUUGAAGAACCCUAACAUUGGGGAAAAUCUGCACCUCCACCCUGUCCUGAUGGCUUGGGGAUACUUCCCGCCAUCGUCAGAUUCAAAUUCAAAUCCGGAAGACGAGAAGUCGUACGAAGGAGGAAUCAUCACUUCGAUCCACAAAGUCGUGGACUCCUCUUCCGACGAAGUGAUCGCCAUCGUCGAAUGCCCAUCGGCGGGGCCAGCUUCGUACGCGGCAUUGUCUCCGUGGAUCUCAGGGCAGGACCUGAAGGACAAAAUGGUAAAGUACCCGAGAACGGCGCUGCUCUUCGCGCUGGUGAGGGAUCGGGGAUCGGGGGAAGUGAAGCGGGAAGGAAGGAUCUCUCACCGGCUGGACAAAGUCGACAAGGAGCACCUCAGGACCGGGCUGAGGCAAGCCCUCAGGAUUCUGGUGGCCGCCGGAGCGGUGGAAGUGGGGACCUUCCGCAGCGACGGGCAGAAGAUCUCUUGCGGCGGUGCGACGAAGGAGAAGGAAAUGGAGGCGUUUCUUGAUGGAGUUGGGGUGAGCGGCGGAGUGAAGUCGGGCGAUGCUCACUGGUCGAUCUUCUUCUCUGCUCACCAGAUGGGAAGUUGCAGGAUGGGAGCCACGCCGGAGGACGGCGGAGUCGAUGAGAAUGGUGAGAGCUGGGAAGCCAAAGGUUUGUUUGUGUGCGAUGGAAGUGUGCUUCCCAGUGCAAUUGGUGUCAAUCCCAUGAUCACUAUUCAGUCCACUGCCUACUGCAUUGCCAGCAGGAUAGCUGGAUCAUACGCAGUUCAUUCAGGAAAGCUGAUUUGAUUAUUCGUUCAAUUGUUCUCAGGUUAAUCUUAUAAAUUGGAUGAUGAUAAAUAUAAAUAAAUAACAUUCGUUUCAAACUAGAAAGAUUUCAUUAAGAAAAUAUGCUGGUCUAGUUAAGCACGAGCAAUUAGUGCCAGGAAAAUAAGAACAGGGCAGGCACUCGUUUUAACCAGAUGAGCCUCAAAAUAACGAAGAUCAACGAUUCGCUGUCUCGUCUCGCUAUAUUAUUUGUCAUUGAUUCCAGUCCAGAUCAUGGUUUCUUAGAAACUUUGCAGUGGAGAAAUGAAAACAGGGUAGGAACUUGUAUUCCUUCAACUUGAUAGUGCCUUUACUGCUUUCUCGGCAGCAUCGUCCAGGUCUUCGGCUGUAAUUAGGGCCAUUCCGCUUUCCUGCAGAGGUGUAAAUUAUCAGUUGAGACUGCAGCUAUGAGACAAGUUUGUUCAUCAAAAUCAUCAAGACAGCCAUUAUAGAUAGUAAAGAUCACCUUGAGG